GGGAGAUGGCGUCUAAUUCGCAUCUAGAUACCUUUCAGAACAUAACAACAGCACAUGGAAUAUUAUGGGGAAAAAGUAAUCAGUUUCUCAGAAAUAAGGUAACGGAGUAAAAUUAAUGAAUUUAAAACUUCAGAAAAAAUCAUCAAGAUGAGUUUAUUAGACCAUGAGGAAACGCAACCAGUGAUACCAAUGAAAUUUAUGGUCGAUCGUCAUGUUUAUUAUCAAGAUGAAUUUCACCAUAACUUUUAUUGUGAAAAACCUGAAACUUCUUUCAUCGACAAUACAUUAUCAUCAAUUAAAUCCAAAAAUUUAAAAUCAUGUCUGAGUUCUAUUGUGCCGGUAUCUUAUUGGAUGAGAAAAUAUAAAUGGAGAGAUUACGUACUAUCAGAUAUAAUCUCUGGAAUUACAGUGGCUAUAAUGCACAUACCACAAGGAAUGGCUUAUGCGUUAUUGGGAAACGUUCCGCCAAUAGUUGGCAUAUACAUGGCUUUUUUUCCGGUUUUAAUUUAUUUCAUUUUUGGAACUUCCAAACAUGUUUCUAUGGGAACUUUUGCAAUUGUAUGUCUUAUGACUGGAAAAGUCGUUGCAUCUUAUUCCACUUCAGUAAAUUCUUCCAUUACGAAUAAUACGUUGGUUGAUUUUUCUGAAAUCAUUAAUAAUCAUACUAUACCUACUGUUUAUUCGCCUAUGCAAGUAGCAACUGCCGUAACUUUUUCUGUAGGAAUAAUACAGUUGGUGAUGUUUAUUUUAAGAUUGGGGAUAAUAAGUUCUUUGCUGAGUAAAAGUUUAGUUAGUGGUUUUACAACAGGUGCAGCCAUUUAUGUGUUGAUAUAUCAAAUAAAAGAUCUCCUAGGUCUAAAACUACCGAAACGAAAAAUAUCUCAUUUCAAAUUGGUGUAUACGAUUAUAGAUAUAUUUAAUGCAUUGAAUUAUUCUAAUUAUGCAUCUUUGAUCAUAUCAGCUGUAACAAUCUCUAUUAUGAUGAUCAAUAAUGAACUAUUUAAGCCAUGGCUUGAACAGAAAUGCAGUAUGCUGUUUCCAAUCGAAUUGAUUGCUAUUGUUUCUGGAACUAUUAUCUCAAAGUAUUUUGAUUUGCCUGGACAAUAUAUGAUUGAUACAGUUGGUAAUAUUCCAACGGGACUUCCAAAACCUGAGCUACCUACUAUUGAAUUAAUAGGAAAUGUCAUGGUCGACUGUAUAGCUAUAACAAUGGUAUCUUACACAGUGACUUUAUCAAUGGCAUUAAUAUUCGCACAAAAAUUACAUUACGAUAUUGAUUCAAAUCAAGAGCUCUUUGCAAUGGGUCUAAGCAAUAUAUUUGGAUCAAUGUUUUCAUGUAUGCCAGUUUCUGCAUCUCUAAGUAGAUCAUUAAUUCAACAAACUGUUGGUGGGAAAACUCAGAUAGCUAGUAUAAUUUCUUGUUCAAUUCUAUUAAUUAUACUGUUAUAUAUUGGACCAUUCUUUGAACCUUUGCCAAGAUCUGUUUUAGCAUCGAUUAUUGUUGUAUCGUUGAAGGGGAUGCUGUUACAAGCAAAACAAUUCCUUGAGUUUUGGCGAUUGAGCAGAUUAGAUGGUAUGGUUUGGAUGGUUACAGUUGUAACAGUAAUAAUAAUAGGUAUAGACUUUGGACUUCUUAUCGGUUUAAUAACGUCAAUAGGGACUAUUUUAUUAUUAAGUAUGAAAUCUUAUGCGUGUUUACUUGGUCAGAUUCCAAACACUGAGUUAUAUUUGGACAUUAGUAAAUACAGAGGUAUUACUGAAUUACCAGGAAUCAAAAUAUUUCAUUAUCGUGGAGGUUUAAAUUUUGCCAAUAGAAAUUAUUUUAAAUCAAAAAUUUUCAAGCAUGUCAACAUAAAUCCACAAAAAGAAUUCGAAUCGAGAAAAAAGGAAGCAAGAAAGAAAUCUCCGUAUCAAAAUGAUUUGAAUCUAGAAAAUAACGAAAACUUGCGGUGUAUUGUGAUCGACUUCAGUGCAUUAACGUACAUUGAUCCUAGUGGUAUAGCAAUUUUACACGCAGUUUAUGACGAAUUUUCUUCAAUUGGUAUUUUGGUAUGUUUAGCUGGAUGUUCAGGACCAAUUUUUGAAAGUAUAUCUAAGUAUGAUCAAUACGUUUCGGCAAAAACAAAGUUGAUUAUUUUCAUGACAAUUAAUGAUGCAAUAACUUAUGCGUGUAAUAAAUUUAUAUCUAAUGUGUAAUGAAAGGUUUGAUUUUACUUUAUUUUUUCAAAUUUACAUUUACUUUUUUCUCGAUGAAAAGAAAUUGAACAAAAAAGUAAAAUCUUCAAGUUUACACAUGAAAUGUUCAUAAUGUAUAUUAUCACAUGAUAUAUUAAUAAAAUAGU